UAGUGAUAUCCGGGCUGCGAGACUAGCGGCAGCCCACAGAGAGUCUCGCAGACCGAGAGAAGGACACGGUGGACUCCAUUGCUGUCCCGAGUGCGUUUCUCGCCGGACUUGGUGAUUCCACGUUACUGCGUGUCUGGUCCGCGCUCGUGCACGUUUAGGAAGUUAAUUCUCCCGGUUAAUCCGAACGCGGGGCGAGUCGUUUGCGAACGAGUGAGCGACUAAUUCAAUCGACCGACCGACCGACCGACGCACCGGAGGUUGUGAUUUGAAUACACUCUUGUUGUCCAGUGUGCGGGGUAAACGCGUGUGUUAACGCGGGCCGAGCCAUCUCGUGCGUGACCGGAACGUGAAAAAAAAGGACCAUAAUGGCUGAUCAACUCACAGAGGAACAAAUCGCAGAAUUUAAGGAGGCGUUCUCGCUGUUCGAUAAAGACGGCGAUGGUACUAUAACUACCAAAGAAUUGGGCACGGUCAUGCGGUCCCUUGGUCAAAAUCCCACAGAAGCAGAAUUACAGGAUAUGAUUAAUGAAGUAGAUGCAGACGGUAACGGCACAAUCGACUUCCCGGAGUUCUUGACCAUGAUGGCGCGUAAAAUGAAGGACACGGAUAGCGAGGAAGAGAUUAGGGAGGCCUUCAGAGUGUUCGAUAAGGAUGGAAAUGGUUUCAUAUCCGCGGCGGAACUUAGACACGUCAUGACAAAUCUGGGCGAGAAACUCACUGAUGAGGAAGUAGAUGAAAUGAUACGAGAGGCCGAUAUCGACGGCGACGGUCAAGUUAAUUAUGAAGAAUUCGUCACAAUGAUGACAUCAAAGUGAAUGCAACCUGUGUAACGGAAGAACUCGCGACUCGGAGUGGUGUUGACGUAUUAAAUAAAUCAAGAAACAGAAAAAAAACAUAUGUAACAAAACGAGAAUCAUGCAGAAAGUGACAAAUCUUGUAUCAGGAUAUGAAGAUGUCUAUAAAUGCGCGAAGAGUCAACGUCCGAUACCGCGUGAAAAAUCAUCGUUUAACGAUAAGUAAUACAGGGCAAUUAAUUGUUUAAUUAAAGAGUUAUACCACUAAAAUCAUUAUCUCUCAAGACACAAAAUAUUUACGCGUUUACACACAUACAACACAGUAACUCCUUAUACCGAUACACAUACGAACGCAACACACUCGAAGAGUAUACACGUACACACACAUACACAUUCACUCGGAUGUCUUAUUUCCAUUGGAUAGAAAACAAGUUUGGAAGUGAGAUGACGCGAAGACACACAAUUGCGCGCGCAUGUGCACCAAACGACAAAAAAAGUGCAUUUUCCACUUUCCUCUCUUUCUCGACUGCCCCCACUCCCUCCUCUCCUUCCCUCCCUUUUCCUCUCCUCCCGUCGCAUUCGUCGCGCCACUAUCUUCCUCCUCACUUCCCCCUUACUCUCCUUCAUUCUCCCGAAAGUUUUUUCAUGAGAAAGGCAUGUCGAAGAAUUGUAAUUUCUCUUUACAAAGGGAGAGGAAUGUGUGUGUUAAGGGACAAAGUAUAAAUCCGAUGUAAGAUAAAUAUUAAAAGCAGCAAGGGUUUAUUUGCCAAUCGAGAGAAAGAUUCAUCUCGAGAAUUCCUUCGUUCAUUUUUUAAUAAACGAAAUACAUGUAUAGUGAAUGAUGACAUUAGGAUACGUAGCUGCUAAAUAGAUGAUGAUGUCUCUACCGUUAAAAUGCAUGCACAUGUACAAAUGUUUGUUUGACUCUGUGAGAGAGAAUUCGGCCUGGACCGAUCGUUUUCCAGACAAAGAGAGAAAAAGCGAGCGAGAGAGUAUAAAUACGAUGCGCUUCGGCCUCUGGGUUACGACUUCAAACGCAAAAGCUGUGCUGGAUCCCUCGAUGCCUCACAAAUGAGUAACUUAAUUUAUAUAAGUAAUGAGCGAGAAAAUUAUAAAAAAAAGAUGAAAGAGAAAGAGAGAAAGAGAGCGAGAUAAGAUAGAGGAAAGAAUCGGAGGAGGAGCUUCGAGGAGCUCAGACCUAGUGCUUUCGCGUGCGUCACGUCUUGCGGGACGGAUGUGAUCCGUUGAUCACAUCACGCGGAUGGCAUCAUAAAAACGUGGACGAUGAGUCGCGACGCGAUUGUUAGAAAGCUCUAGGAUCCGAAGUCUCGACAUUCCUAUUUGAAGAAAAAAAUAGAACAGUCUCUUCCUUACGCUUUCAAUCAACAUCAAUCCAGCCUCUCGUGCUCGUGCACACGGGACUCACACGUACACGUACGUUUUACGAAUGAAUUAUACUUACGCGAGAAACUCUAUACACACGAAAGAUUAUACACACAGCAAAAAAAAAAGAGAAACACUAUAAUAUUAUAUUCACGAAGUGCGUUUUGCCUCCAGUUCCAUUUUAAUCUCCUAUUUGUAACUUGCCUUCCACUCUAAGGAAAGCCUUACAUGCAUGCGCGCAAAAAAAAGAUACAAAAAAAGGGGAAAAAGAAAAAUAACGUCGACACCACUUUUGUUGAUAUGUAAAUCUACGGAGAAAUAAAAUAGGGAUGGGGGAUUAAAGGAAGUAAAGGCCACAGUGAGAUCGGUGCAUUACUUUUCUUCGCCCAGGGGUGCGUGCCAGUCUCGUAAAAACGGAGCCAACCAGAUCGGAGAAACUGGUGUGAUUUUUGUGCGAUCCGUACAAUAUAAUGUUACUUAAGAACUCGAAAACAAAGAACAUAAAUGCCGUACAGCGUAAACAUCAUGCGUGUCGGUGGUUCAGUCAUAAUAUAUAUGUAAUAUAUAUAUAUAUAUAUAUAAUAAAAUAAUUUACGAAGAAAUUAAAGAAAAAAAAAAGAUAGAAAGAGAUAAUUCCUCCACAGUCCUUUAUUAUUUAAUAUCGAAGUGAACAAAAUGAGAAGUACUUGUAUUUCUGGUGACCUAGAUCGCAUUGAUCAAUUAAAACAAAAAAGAAAAAAAAGUUAAAAAAAAAGAAUAAAAAGACAAAAUAAAUGUAUCCUCAUUUUUAGGUCACAGCUACUCGAUUCGUUUCCUUCAUUACCAAUGGACCUCUCGUUUCAGCAAUCAUCUCUUUUUGUGUUCGAUGGCAUCUAGAUACUUUGCUAUGAGAAUGUUUCAUUGUGUCUCUACUGAACAGGAUCCACUUUACAUAUCUCUGACUUUUCUCGCUACCUUUGAAAACUUUUGAGAAGAAUAGAUAUAGGUUACAAGAAAGUACGGUAUUAAUUGUAAUUAGGAAAUCUCGCUCCAUUAAAAAAACACCCGAAAAGCAAAGGGGGAGAGAAAAAAAAGCACACAUUGGGUCUAUUUGUAAACUGUGGUUAUUCUAUGUCCGAAGUAUAUUUCCACACUUAUAUACACUUUAUUAAGGAUGAGAAAGAUUGUCAACACACUCGUUUUGUAAAAGUGGUCGUUAGUAUUCGACAGGCAUCUGUAUCUAAAUGCUUCCAAAUCCCGCUUCGUUUCAUCGAACACUGAACCUAGCGAUUAAGUCUCUUACGUUACAAAGACUCUAUUCCAGUAUUUAAUAUAAUAGUAAUUUUAUAUCCGUAUCACAAAAUCUAUUUAUUGAAAGAAUUUUCGCGCGCCAAGGAUAGAUAGAAAAAGAGAAAGAAAAAAAAAAGAGAGUGGCGCAUGGAAGCUCUUGUUGUGAACGUUAACAUCGAGGCAAUGCCAAAUCUUUACCGAAUAUAUUGAAGCGUUAGCUCUUCUAAUAUUUAAUUUAGCGUCCCCUCGAUCUUUGUUAUUGAAAUACACGUUGUUGUUCUUAAAAAAAAAAAAACAAAGGAAUCGUUUAUAUCGUAUUUGCGGAGGUACCAAGACACAUCCUGCUUCUAUCGAACGUUGUAUUUAUUUCGAUGUGUACAUACGAACGUAAAAUUGAUCGACGAAGUGAAUUUUCGUUCGGUUAUACUAAUUGUAAUUUUUAAAACGAGCAAGUUCGUUGCGAUAUAAACAAGAUGAGAACGUUGUACGUUGCAAAAUGAGGAGAUUCUUUUUCUAUCAGAUAAUUACAAAUAUGGGCUCAGAGUGCUCUUCUUUUUUUUUGUUAUUUGAACGACUGUAGUCAUUCGAUUUAAUACUCUGAUUUCUCAAAUUUUGAAUUCAAGCAUUAUUUCUAGUGUAUGUAAGUAUAUUCUCUGCCGUAUCUCAAAGGCGUUCUUCACUUCUUGUCGUACAUAAAUAAAGCGGCACAGUUUGUAUAAAGUGUUGAUAUUAAGUUAAUAAAUUGUUCCUAUAUACUUAUAUGGGAGCAAACUGG